ACCGAAUGAUUAGGCAAUAAAUCUGGCUGUCAAGAUAAGAGCGCCUACCUGUCACUUCCUGCUAGUCAUACUUAUUCAUUCCUGUCCUUUAUUUAUUUAUUUAUUCAUCUCUGGCGGUGGUUCGGUUCGGCGCUGCCAUUUCUGGUUCCGUCUCAUGUGUCCAGCUCAGUUGGUGGAUCCUGCGGACCGGACGCUCCGACCUUGGCUCCAUGUUCGGCUGAAAUGAGGAGGAACCGCGAGCGGACCCAGUGAGACGCGGACAGGGUUUACCGAGGACCUGGAUCUUCUCUCCAUUUAGACCCAGAAGGAGGAAGAGGAGGAGGAAGAACUGCUGCUGGAAAGGCAUGGAUGAGACUCCACGUGUGUCCUGUAGCUGACCUGUCCGUCCCACCCAGGCCUCUGUGAGCAUGUAUCGCCGGAACGGGCUCUCAGAUGGCACCAGCAUCCAUUCGGUCACCUCAGAGGCCAGCAGCAGCUCGGACUCUCUGGAUGGACCUGGUGAGGACUACGCCAAGAGCUACGACGCAGUCGUGUUCGAUGUGCUCAAGGUGACGCCUGAGGAGUUCGCUAGCCAAAUUACCCUGAUGGAUGCACCGGUCUUUAAAGCGAUACAGCCGGAGGAACUGGCCAGCUGUGGGUGGAAUGGGAAGGAGAAACACAGUUUGGCUCCUAAUGUGGUUGCAUUCACACGCCGGUUCAAUCAGGUAAGCUUUUGGCUGGUCAGAGAGAUCUUAACUGCCCAGACGCUGAAAAUCCGAGCAGAAAUCCUGAGCCAUUUUAUCAAGAUAGCAAAGAAACUGAUGGAGCUGAACAACCUUCAUUCUCUGGUGUCCAUCGUGUCCGCUCUGCAGAGCGCUCCCAUCUUCAGACUCAGCAAAACAUGGGCUUUGGUAAGUCGGAAAGAUAAGGCCACAUUUGAGAAGCUAAACUACUUGACAUCCAAGGAAGAGAACUACAUCCGUAUGCGGGAGUACAUUCGUUCCCUGAAGAUGGUUCCCUGUAUCCCUUACCUCGGAAUCUACCUGUUGGAUAUGAUCUACAUCGACUCAGCCUAUCCUGCGUCAGACAGUAUGAUAGAGACAGAGCAGCGGACCAAUCAGAUGAACAAUCUUCUGAGAGUCAUUGCUGACCUGCAGAUGUCAUGCAACUAUGACUACUUGGUGACCCUUCCACAUGUCCAGAAGUAUUUGUUGUCAGUUCGCUACAUUGAGGAGCUCCAGAAGUUUGUAGAGGAUGACAACUUCAAACUUUCUCUUAAGAUUGAACCUGGUGACAGUUCCCCUCGCAUCACUUCUUCUAAGGAAGACCUGGCAGAUCUGUCUGAGGUGUCUGCCUCCAUCAGGUAUAACCGAAGGCCCACCUGCCCUGACGCAUCUGUGGGUGUUCAUAUUCCCACGCCUCCUCCCUCCCAUCAUAGGAAAAGCCAUAGUCUGGGAAACAACAUGAUGUGUCAGUACGGCAUGCUGGAGAGCAGGAGCGCCACGUUCACUGUAGAGAAAGCUCGACACCUGCUGGAUGACAGCUUCUUAGAGUCUCAGAGUCCAGUCAGGAACGAUCCUCAUAGUACGUCCGUGUCCAACGGGCUAUCGCUAGGCAGCAGUGAAAGCUCAUUCAGGGAGGAACUUUCCCCAGGAAUGGAGAGGGGCCGCAUGUACGCAACACUGGGGCCCAACUGGAAGGUUCCUCACCACAACUCCCACCGGAGCCGAAACUGUGUUUACAGCUUCUCUGCUACCAACUCCUACCACGGAUGCAGCGAAGCCAGCAGUGUGACCAUUGAAGGACCCCUGCGGAGGAAAACAUUGCUGAAAGCGGGACGAAAGCCAAAGUUGUCAUCGUGGACCAGAUUCUGGAUCUGUCUCUCUGGAUCAACGCUCAUUUUCUAUGGGGCUAAAGCUCUGAGAGCCUCUGAGAGGAAACAUUACAAAUCCAGCCCCUGUAAGCAGGUGUGUGUGACUGGAUGGAUAGUGGUUCUGUCAGAUGACCCGGCCCGGCCCAACAUCUUCCAGCUCAACGAUGCAGACAGAGGUAAUGUUUACAAGUUCCAGACAGGAUCCAGGUUUUCAGCCAUCAUCUGGCACAAAAACCUCGAGGAGGCUUGUAGGAGCAGCAGGCCUCUGAUACCUGCAAACCUCAUGUCCUUUGAGUGAGAGCAGACUCGGCUCAGCUGGACUUCAUUGUGCCAAACCCAGCUGCUUGGAAAGUGUUUCGGUAUGAAGUAUAUCAUGUGGUGGUCUGAGCUGAAGCAGGAGAAUCUAGAAGCACCUGAUGCCAUGGAGGCUCCGUGUUCCUGGAUUACACAUCAGACAUGUGGAACGCCAGCGUGUCUGUCUGCUUUCUUCAACCAGAUUAAGUGUAAUGUGAAAAGUGGAGAAAUCAGAUGACAGAAGACUUGACUGGUUUCUUUCUCUGCGCCUCCUGUUCACUGUCAUUCGUUAUGCUGCUGUAAACCAGUGAUCUGCUCUGAAGAUGAUCUUCGGCUUUACAGCCUCCAACCGGCGCUGCUGAAGUAGUCAAGCUGUUAUUGAAAGGCAACUAAAACAAUAAGGAAGCCGUGUUUCAUCACAUUUCAGUAUCAUAACAGAUCCGGAGAGCAGACGGCGCUCGUCCCACAGAUGUGAACUUCCAGCUCAGAGAUCAGAGCUGCAGCCACAAGGACUCUCCAUGAGCCCUGAACCCAGACGGUCAGCUGGACUGAAUUUAUUCCAGAACCAGGAAGUUUGCUUCAAGAGCAGGUGUGAAAUUGUUGAGAUGAAGUUUACCUGUUCUCCUUGCUACCUCAGCUGGUAGUCCUUCUGUCAACGGUAUUUGCUCAUGUACAUAACAAGGUUUACAAAUAGUGUUUUCUAAUGAUAAUGUGAUUAGAAUCCAUGCAGCACCAUGUGAUGGUGUAUGCACUCUAUUAUGGAUCAGACAGUAACAGGCUGAAGCAGCUGAUCUUGUGAAUUUAAAGUACGAUGAAGUACCAAAUUUUCAGUAUGUAAAUAGUGUAUUUAUUUGUAAAAGAAUUUAUUUUUGACAAUUGGCCAGCAAAGGGAAAAAUGAUAUAAUGGAUUAUCAUUGAUUUGCCACCUGCUGCAGGACACUCUUGGUGGGAAGCCAGCCACCCUAAAACUUGGACUGACCCCCGUUCUCCGAUGACGGACAUUGGAAUAAGGGAAGACUCCAGCAGCCUUGGUACUGCUAAAUAAUCUGCUUCCAAAGCAAAAAGGAUAAUUCUGCUUUCUUACAACCUUGAUUAGGCCAUCAGUCUCAUCAGCACCAGUAAUAUUCACCAAAGUAAGAAGAAAGCUUUAAGUUUCUCGGUCUAAUUCACUGGACAGAUGAUUGAAAAAAAACGUAUUCUUUACUCUGAACAGGAUAAA